AUGAGUGCUACUAAUCUGUCACACGUGUGCGGCAUUUUAUUGGGCAACGAAGUGGAAAGCUCUUCCCUUGCCCAUAUAUAUAAUGCCUCCCAAGCAUCCCUCUUCCCACCCCAUCCCAAAUCCCUCCAACCAAAGCAAAUGGCUCUUCUCCUUUCCUCUCUUACCAAUAAAGCCUCUCCAUUUCCUAACUUCUUCUCCAUUCUCUCUUCCUUAUUUACGUAUCUCUUGUUAUGUUCCCUCCUUUUCUCUUCCUCUUUUGUCUUUGCCAGUGUCAAUACCAGUAAGGCCUUGUCAACCCAAAACCAAUGCAUUGAAGAUCAUUUCUCUGCUUUGCUCCACCUCAAACAGGGCUUUAACUUCUCCGCUGAGUACACCAUGACUACAUUGUCCUCUUGGAAUCCUGAUAACAGGGAUUACUGUUCUUGGGAAGGCAUCAUGUGUGAUGGUGCCACUGAUCACGUGACCAGGCUCGACCUCAGCGAGCUCAAUAUCUUCGGUCGGAUUGAUUUUGUAAGCCUCUUUUGUCUUCAGAGCCUGCAGAGGCUUAACCUCGCUUCCAAUUACUUUGAUCCCUCUCCAAUUCCUUCUGGGUUUGAACAUCUCACCAGUUUGACCCAUCUCAACCUCUCUUCUUUGCAAUUUUAUGGCCAAAUCCCACUGGAAAUCUCCCGCUUGACCACUUUGCUGUCCCUCGAUCUAUCUUACAAUGAGUAUACCAAUGGUUCGUAUGUCGAAUACCUGAAACUCGAAAACCCGAACAUUGGAGCAUUCGUCCAAAAUUUGUGGAGUCUAAGAGAACUCCAUCUCGAUUCAGUAAACAUCUCAGCGCGGGGUAGUGAGUGGGGACUGGCGUUAUCCUCAGCACUCCCUCAUCUCCACAAGUUGAGCUUGAGGUAUUGUGGUCUAUCAGGCCCCAUCCAUCCUUCCCUUUCCAAGCUCCAUUUCCUAUCUGAACUCCACCUCAGUGGAAACAAUCUCUCUUCAGCCAUACCGAAGAGUAUUUUCCGGCUGCCAAACCUACAAACCCUGGAUGUAUCUUACAAUUCACUUCUCAGUGGAUCAUUGCCAUCAUCUCUUGCCAGCCUCAGGAACCUCGUGCAUUUGGAUCUUUCAUCCAAUGGUUUCAGCGGUCCAAUCCCAUCAUCAUUGUUUUCACUCCCAUCACUACGAGAGCUUCAUCUCCAAUGUAACCAAUUUAGUGGUCAGCUUGGGGAAUUCCAAAAUGCAUCCUCAUCACUACUAGAGAUCAUCCACUUGAAUGAAAACAAGUUCCAGGGGCCUAUUCCAAGGUCAGUCUUUCAACUCACCAAGCUUACAGAGCUCUUUCUUAACUCCAAUAGUUUCAAUGGCACAAUCCCUUCUUUUUAUGGAAAUGCACUUCAUAAUUGUAUAAAACUUGACUUUUCCAACAAUUCACUCAGUGGGACCAUUCCAUCAUCAUUCUUUUCACUCCCAUCAUUAGAAGAGCUUUAUCUCCCAGAUAACCAAUUUAGUGGUCAACUUGAUGAGUUCCACAAUGCCUCCUCUUUGCGAUGGAUCAUUUUGUGUAACAACAACUUGGAGGGGCCUAUUCCAAUGUCCAUCUUUCAACUCCCAAAGCUUGAAGUCCUCCUGCUUACAUCAAACAAUUUCAGUGGUGACAUGGACCUUGGCUUAUUCCUAAACCUUAAGAACCUCUGGAGCCUAAGUCUUUCAGAUAACACCUUCUCAGUCCAUGAUGGCGGAAGCAAUUCAACCUCUGCAUCCUUCCCUCAUAUUAAAUAUUUGUAUUUAAAAUCUUGCAACAUUAGCAAAUUUCCAGGCAUCUUGAGAAACCAAGAGAGGCUAUGUGCUUUAGACCUUUCCGAUAACAGAAUCAAUGGUGAAAUACCCAACUGGAUAUGGAAGGUUGGAAAUGGCAGUUUGUCUUAUUUGAAUCUUUCUCGGAAUGCUCUGGAAGGAUUAGAGCAACCGUUUCCUCAUAUUUCUUUAAGUUCAUUGAAAUAUAUUGACCUGAGCUUUAACAAGCUAAAAGGAUCAAUUCCAAUUCCUCCUCUCUCUUCCAUUUUCUUUUCACUUUCAAGCAAUUAUUUUAGCGGAGAAGUUCCCUCACUUAUUUGCAAUUGCACUUGCUUACAAGUCCUCGAUUUGUCUCGUAACCACUUCAAUGGCUCUAUUCCAUCAUGUUUGGGUGAAAUAAGUGAUGUCCUCACUGUGUUGAAUCUUGGAGGAAAUGCAUUUAAUGGCACCUUACUUCAAAUAUUCAAAGAGUGGUGUACUCUAGAGACACUUGAUCUCAAUGGAAAUCAGUUGGAAGGGCAGGUGCCAAGUACUUUGGCCCGGUGCAAGAAGCUAGAAGUGUUAAACCUUGGAAACAAUCACAUACAUGAUACCUUCCCAUUUUGGUUGGAAAAUUUGUCUCAACUGCGCAUUCUCAUCUUAGGAUCCAACAAAUUUCACGGCACCAUUGGACAACCCUUAUCAAAUCACUCCUUUCUACUGUUGCAAAUCUUUGACAUCUCUUGCAAUAACUUCACAGGUAACUUGUCAUCAAAUAUGUUCGGGAGUUGGAAGGCAAUGAUGGAGGAGUCUAAAUCCCAAUCUCAAUUCAUUAGCAAAACAUUUGAUGAAGGGUACUAUCAAGAUAAAGUGACUAUAGUGAGCAAGAGAAUGGAAAUGGAACUGGUAAAGAUCCUUACCGCCUUCACGGUAAUAGAUGUCUCAAAUAACCAAUUUCAUGGAAAUAUUCCAGAAUCAGUUGGGAAUUUAAAAUCAUUGCUUGUGCUCAAUAUGUCCUACAACCGUCUCAUAGGCCAAAUUCCUGCAUUAUUGGAGAACAUGAAGGAACUUGAGUCAUUAGAUCUUUCACAUAAUAGUUUGUCUGGUGAGAUCCCUUUACAGCUAACAAAGCUAACGUUCCUCGAGGUGUUGGACCUCUCGCAAAACUUCCUCAUAGGAAGCAUACCGCAAGGUCAACAAUUUAGUACAUUCACAAAUGAAUCAUUUCUAGGGAACUUGGGAUUAUGUGGCCCUCCAUUGUCAAAGAAAUGCAACUACAUCGAGGCUUCAACACCACUAGCACAUUCAGAAAAUAAAUACAUCUGGGAAUCAGUGUGGAUUGGGUUUGCAGUUGGAUACGGAGUGGGAAUGGGAAUUCUUUUUUGGACUCUAGCACUUUGGACAAAUGGAAUGAGGAAAUUCACUAUAUUCAGUGAUAGAGUGCUUCUGUUGAUUUUUCCAUGUGAGACAUUUAUUUUAAUGCAUCAAUACUAA